UUUAUUUAUAGAACAUGUGAAGUAGGUUAAAAAAUUUAUAUAACCAUGCUAUUUAAUUUAUGGACACAAUGAUUGAAUGGACAUAUUUAGAGCUGUUUAUAUUUAUAACUGUGGGGUUAUUUACAUGGCUAUGGAUACGAUCAAGAAGACCAAACAGUUAUCCGCCAGGCCCAACGCCUCUUCCGCUGAUAGGGAACUUUUAUAACAUCUCAGAUGGAGAUUUUCUUAAAGCAGUCCGAGAUCUCAGGAAAAAACAUGGCGAUAUAUUUAGCAUGUCUCUUGGAACCUAUUGGGUUAUUGUCGUCAAUGGUGCAGAUAAUAUUCGUGAAUUGCUCAACUCUAGAGGAGAAAAGAUGCUAGACAGACCACCAAUUUAUAUAUUGAAAUUAAACGACAGUUAUGGUAUCCCGUCAGCAAGCGGAAGAUUAUGGAAAGAACAUAGAACAUUUGCUUUAAACAAAUUAAAGACUUUUGGAUUUGGUAAGCGUAAUUUUGAAUCCAGGAUUUUGGAAGAAGUAGAGGUAUUUUUAGAUUCCCUGAAAGGAUUCAAAGAAAAGCCUGUCGAUUUAAGGGACAUAAUUAACAUAAGUAUAUCCAAUAAUGUUAUGUCAAUUGUGAUUGGACGAAGAUUCGAUUAUGACGAUCCUAAAUUCAAAUAUUACAUUGACCUCUUGGGUCAUAAUUUCAGAAAUUUGGAAGUAGCAGGUGUGUUGGCAUUCUUACCCGAGAUUUUCACCAAAAUACCAGGUGAUCCGUUCGGAGCUCACAAGCUAGACGAUCUUAUUGCUAAAACUAGAGAGUUUUAUAUUAACGAAGUAAAAGAGCACAAGGAACAUUUCGACGAUAACAACAUCAACGAUUUUAUUGAUGCUUUUAUCAAAGAAAUGAGGGAAAGAAAAGACGAAGAGGACACCACUUUUACAGAUAAGCAGCUGACUGCAGUUGUUGGAGACCUUUUCUCAACAGGAACAGAAACCACAUCAACAACAAUCAUGUGGGCAAUCCUAUACCUCAUUCGCAAUAAAUAUAUUCAAGAUAAGAUGCACCAGGAAAUUGUAGACGUUGUCGGACAUUCUCGUUUACCAAAUAUGGCAGACAAACCACACCUACCGUUCUGUGAGGCUGUUAUACUUGAGUCAUUACGAUUAGGAAACAUAGUUCCGUUUGCUAUUCCAUACUAUGUAACUGAGGAUUUCGAGUACAAAGGAUAUAUGUUUCCGAAAGAAGCUAUCAUAUUUCUAAGCAUUGAUUCUGCUUUAUCAAGUGAGGAAACAUUUCCAAACAGCGAUGAAUUUAAUCCGGACCGUUUUAUUGAUGCAGAUGGCAAUCUACAUAGUCAAGAGAAAAUUCUAGCUUUCUCAGCAGGUAGGAGGGUUUGUCUUGGAGAAUCUUUAGCCAGAAUGGAGUUGUUUCUGUAUUUGACGUCAAUGGUGCAGAGAUAUGAGUUUCUUUCACCGGAAGGACAGGAUCCACCCUCUACUAAAGGACACCUAGGUAUAACUCGCACACCAUUACCAUAUGACUGUAGAGCUAUUCUACGUAGCUGACAUUACACACAAUUAAAUGUAGCUCGGAACUGUAGAGAUAUGCUACAUAACUGACGACAAGCAUUGAUUAGAAGGAGACAGAAACUCUGCAAUUCUGAUGCUUAUAUUUAUCAAUGCAAUUUAUCUUAAUUAUAUUAUAAUUUAUCUGAA